AUACGCGAACAUUGAAUUUGUGCGUUACAAAUCUCGAAACUAGGGAAUUCGUUGCCCAUCGGAUGGACAUACAUGUAGGUAUUAUAACUAAAACGUGUAUAAAAAUCACUGUGAACAUUUAACGUGCUGGGAUUGUUUUAAUAGGUAAUUUUAUUGAUGACAAGGUUCAAAAGACUGACGAGCUGAUAUAGAUACAUUGUAGUAGACACAUGACCUUAAUGAAGUGAGAGCAAACAAAAUAUAAAUAAACAGUUAAAACAAAACACCAAUAAACGGAACAAGUCAUGUAGUUGAGCUGAAACAAUCAACAUAUGUGUCUCGCUGUAAUCAAUUUACACUUUAAGUUAAUGAGAAAAUGGCUGAACGUUCGAGAUCUAGGCGAAAGGUGAGUUCAUCUAGAAUUAAAGUUUCACCACGUGUUCAAUAUUCUCCUGAAGGAAGAAGACGCAAUGUUUAUUCAGAUACAGAAGAUAUACAUUCUAGUGACAAACUAGUAAAAACUUUUAACGAUGAAGAACUAGUUAGAAGACCAAGUUCCGAAGAUCUGAAAACGUUUGUUUUACGGUCAGAAUCUGAAGAAACAAGUGUUCAAUAUGUUACUAGGAACAGCUAUCGAAAUAAACCUAUUGGAUAUGUAACGAAAGAACAGGUAGUAGAUAAUAAAAAAUUACCUACAUAUGACAUGCAACAUCCGUCAACCCGCGACGUUCGUUGUCAGAUGACAACACAUUACGUCCUACAAUCGCUGUCUAAUAAGAGAAUACCGUUACGCAAUAAGCAACCUUUUAGGAAUGAUACAAAAAAAUCAGCAGAUAAUGAAAACAAAUUUCGAAGACAGGAAUAUAUAGACUUUCAACAGGAAUAUGUAAGUCCACAAACACGCAACGUCUCUUGUCAGAUGACAACCCAUUAUGUUAUACAGUCGCAGUCGAAACGGGGAAAACAAAAUAAACCAACUCAAACUGAACCUGAGAUAGUGGUACCUCCGCUUGACAUACCUUCUUCUAGAACUUCGACUCCAUCAACGCUGCUACCAUCGCGAAACAAAUCACCGGACAACAUUGAAGUAAUAAUUAUUAACGAUUUCGAAUCAUUAUACCCACAUAAACAAGCAAGCCAGAAAUAUAUAGAUUCAACCCCAACUACUGACACAGCAGAACCACCUACAGAAACAAUAGAGUCACCUUGCGAAUCACCUGAAUCAUCUUUUGAAUCAUUUGAACCAGAUUCAUUUGACGGUUUGAAACCGAACAUUGUAUCUAAACCACAGCAAAUAGUCACAGUUGGUGGAGGAUGGAAUAUAAUGGACGACUACAUGGAAAGACAUGACCCUGUACAGGGAUUCGUUUAUGGAAGAGAGCAUUUAAAAAACUCUGAAUUACGAGAAAAUAAGAAAAAGUACUAUGGAUUCAAAUCCAUUUAUAAGUACCCUCAAUAUAAGAACCCAUAUCAUUUUUAUAAAUCGAAAACAUUUUUCAGGAAGUUAACAAAUGACGGAUAGUUGUUUAAGGUUAUAAUUAACUUUUUUGGUUAAUAGUCUUCAAUCUGGAUUGAUGCUUGUUAGUCCUCUA